AGCAGGUCAGAGGAGAGGAUGUGGAAGUCUAAGAAGUGAAGGAAAACGUCGAAAGUCAUCUAAGUAAGAUUCCCAUUCAAACGUUGUUAUAAACAAAACCUGCGAAGACGUCGUCGAGUAACAAACUCCACGGUAUAGUAGAAGUACCGCAAAGAUGGCGCCGAAGAAGCCGGAGCAGGCUGCUUCCACGAAGCAGACACUGAAGCAGUUCCGGGAGAAGUAUGGCGAGAAGGUGGACGUGUUCGGGAUUCUGCAGCUGAAGCCGGGGGCGACGGAGAAGGAAAUUUCGAAGAGUUACAAGAAACUGUCCCUCUUAUACCACCCCGACAAGCAGGACAACAAUGACGCGACCAUGUUCAUCAAGGUCAAGGAGGCCCGGGAUUUACUCUUGGACGAAAACGUGAAGCAGGAGCUGGAGCGGGCGAUGAAUCGGAAAAAGCAGGAGGAAGUGUUUCUCGCCAAGCAACAGGACGCGCGGGGCAAGAUGGCGCGGGAUUUGGACGCGCGGGAGAAGCAGCAGGAUGAGAAGGCGAAGCAGAAGCAAAAGGAGGACGAAUUCAUUCGCGCGGGGAGCCGCUACGUGCACGGUACAACCGGGGAUAGUGGAACCAAGACGGGUGGGUUGUCCGCGCAACUGGCACAGAUCCGCGAGCAAAACCGGGCGUUUAUCGAGCAGAAGAACGAGGAGCGGCGCAGGUACUUGCGCGAGGACUUGGAUGUGCAGGUGAAGAAGGCGAAAGUGGGUUUGCGGGACGCGAGGGUGUUACUGCAGGUGAAACGGAAAAACUUCGCUCCGGAAGUGGAAUCGUUGCAGAAGGCGACAAUAGAGGAGAUCCGAGAGGAGGAAUUUUUCAGCAACGCGACCAAGCGACAGAUGAUCCGCAGAAUACAGAGCGACUUCGAAGGGUUGGAGAAGGAUCGGAAAAUUCGGGGAUUUGAAGGCUCCGUGCGGAUUUUCGUGGACGAAGCAAUAGGUGGAGGAGCUGCCGACGAUGAAUUUUCUUCAGGGAAGAUGAACAAAGGGUCGAGUUCAGCAUCCUCUACAACAGCGACGACGGCAGGGGGGACAACUUCUUCUUCUUCUAAAAAUACACCAAUUGUGCACUGCGAGCUGCAGUUCGAAACGCGGGACAACGCGCGGCAGUGUGUAGAAUUCCUAUUGACGGAGAAGGCCACGAAGAAGAAGUUCCCUUUCGCGUGGAUCAACAAACUGCCGAAACUCUGCGACCCGGGGCCGCAGCUGAAGGCCAGCGACAUUGAAAGAGUGAAAAAGAGGCGGAAAUUGUUUCCCAGUCCGGGCAGGGACGACGACUUCGGGGACGAUGCGGACGGGGGGCCGAACAGCAUCCUGCAGUCCAGCUUUCUCCGAGCCGACAAGCAGGACAAUUUUCGCAGCGCGGAGGCGCCGCGCUACCCGAGCUUCUUCGCCAUGGAAAAGGAUAUAUUGGGCAGGCUGGACGCCCUGCUCAAGAUCGAUGGAUAAGAAAGUAGAUUUUCGAGCUAAGGACGAAAAUAUGGUGUGUAGUACUAGUGUUUCACUCCUUUAGAUAGAAGAAGUGUGAUGGCGACAGCGACGAUUUUGAUACGACUGUGUAAUGCUUGUAUCAUUAAAUGAGUUGAUUUGAACUCCAUUUUGCGUAGACCACGUUUACGGAAUCUUCUCGCUCUGCAGAAGAUGAAUGCGCGCGAAAGAUUUUUUAUGUUUCUUUUGUUGCGACUUCUGAACUGCC